AUUUUGUUUUGUUUUACUUAAAAAACGCAUCGAUAGUAUAGUAUCGCUUUGGCGUUGACAAAAAAGUAAAUUUCGUAUAAAUGGGUUGAGAAUUGAGCAAGCUACGAGUUAAUUUCAAUGUCCAUGCAUUGCCUUUGAUGGGAACGUUGACCUUCUCAACAUGGCCGCCACGUAAACGUUGGAUAGUCGGACUGCUCAAGCAAGCGGGCUUAUCUAGUCUUCAUAUUUAUCACAACAACAAGAAGAAGAGGAGGAGGAGGAGGAGUAAGAAGAAGAAGAAGAAGAAGACGACGACGACGGAACAAAAACCGACAGUAUUGACAUGGCAUCGAAGGACUCUAAUAAAGGAAAGAAGGGUGUCAUAGAAACAGAUUACAGGACGCCAGGAUUGAAGGGCGCACAGACCACCACACUGUUCAGAGCUGUCAACCCCGAACUCUUCAUCAAGCCAGUAAGAGACGCAUCACACCCGAAUAAACCAAUGAUGGCAUUUGGACUGAUCACCAUCACCUUGUGUGUUGGGUAUCUGGGCUACCUGCAUGCAAUGAAAGCAAACGACCAGCAGCUUUACGAGGCCAUCGACGGUGAAGGAGAGCGACUGAUGAGGAGGAAAGCUUCCAAGUGGGCUUGACAGCAUGAAGUCAAAGCUGACUCAACUGACGCACAAUCUCCAAAUGCCGGACUGAAAUUGGAACCAUAAUGUACCAUGUUUUUGGUGUGUAAAGAAAAAAACAUGAUUUUUAAGGAUUAUUUAAUUGAAAUGUGUUAUUACAGUCAUACAUGUGACCCAGCCCACCUGACCUUCUGAGAGACUGUUGCUCUUUUCUGUUAUGUUCAGUGAAUGAAGAAAAACAUAAUGACCGAUGCGGUUUGUUAGUAAAAGUACCGCGAUUUGUUUUAAAAUGUGUCGUUUGAUGAUGUUAUAGAAUUGCUAUUAGGUUGUUUCGUUUCCAUAAAUGGGCAUUAGAUCCGUGGAAGUCGGUUUACAAACAAAACCUUUCUUGGCACAAAUAAAUAUAGAAACACCACCAUGUUCCACAAACAAUCAGCGGAAACCAA